AUGUUGAUUACACUCAUCGUCUGUCUCUGUUUUGGGACCAAUGUACAUUCAGGUAUGAUUUGGAAUUUUACGCAAAAUUGCAGAAAAACACUGAAUUUCACGAGAAAAUGCAGAAUUUCCACUAGAAAAUAAUAAAAUUAACGGGAAAUUUUUGGAGCUGAAAAUUAUGAAAAUUGACUUUCUGAAGCUGAAAAUCAUGAAAAUUGAGAUUUUUGAGCUGAAAAUUAUGGAAAUUGGCUUUGUGAAGCUGAAAAUUAUGAAAAUUGAGAUUUUUAAGCUCAAAUUUAUGAAAAAUUGACAUUCUGAAGCUGAAAAUAAUGGAAAAUGACAUUUUUGAGCUGAAAAUUAUGAAAAUUGAGAUUUCUGAGCUCAAAUUUAUGAAAAUUUAGCUUUUUGAAGCUGAAAAUUAUGAAAAAUGAGAUUUUUGAGCUGAAAAUCAUGAUAAAUGAGCUGAAAAUUAUGAAAAUUGACUUUCUGAAGCUGAAAAUUAUGAAAAUUGAAAUUUUUGAGCUCAAAUUUAUGAAAAAUGACAUUUUUGAGCUGAAAAUCAUGAAAGAGUUCGAGUUGUUCCCUUAUUUGUGUGUGUGUUGUGGCGCGGCGCGGUCUGCGUUGCGUGUUUAUUUCGAUGGAGCGCGUGAGAUUUUCGAUAAUAUAAACAACUUUAGACAUCCUCGACAUCUCCAACAGUUCUGCUUCGAGCUCAGUUCCACAGAGAAUCACCAAAGAAUCCUGCGACAAGGACAAUGAGUUAGCCAAAAUCCCGUGUAUGAGCGCCAGUGAACACGAACACCUUUGGGGUGGAAUCGUUAAACAAAACCUAGCCCGGGUUAUUAACGGUAUGCUGAUAAAAUACGCGCAAAUGCUCAUUGGAAAACAGGAAUUGCGCCGGGCUCUGCAUUUACCACCGCCACCCCCCUGGGCACGUCAUAACUACACGAAACCGAGUGACGUGGAAAUCGCCGCGGCGCCGAAUAUCCAGGCUUAUUUCGAGUUAAAGGAACCGCGGCAAAAAACACUGAGCCUUGAUAGCUUUUACUUUUUUGAACACAAUUUUCCGCCGGCUAUUGAGUUUUUAGACAAGAGAGUUCCGGUGAUUCGCAGGGUUUUUAGGUGUGGAUUUGAAAAUAUUUUGAAAUCGUCUAAUUUAGUGAUAGAUAGGCAAACUAUUGAUCGCAUGAUUAGUGAGUAUUUCGAGAUUUGUAAUUUUAUAGAAGAUUUUGUGAGGAAGCGAAUGUUUGAUGUUGAAUGCUAUUUGGAUGAAUAG